AUGGCAAGUGUUAAAGGCACACAGGAUGGGAUUCACUCCUCUAGAGUCAUUGGUGUGGUUUUCCUAGCUCUUCUUCUUGACCUUUUGGGGUUCACGCUCAUACUACCUCUCCUUCCCUCGAUCCUUGAUCACUACAGUCAAACUGGAGACAGUGUGUACGGGUCACUACAGAGUGUGGUGGACUGGUUCAGGCAAGCUGUUGGUAUCCCCAUGGAAACAAAAUACAACAGUGUUCUUUUUGGAGGUCUGAUUGGUUCACUCUUCUCUCUGCUGCAGUUCCUGUCCUCCCCCAUUAUUGGAGCUGCAUCAGAUAAACUGGGGAGGAGGCCACUGUUACUUUUAACCACUAUUGGCUUGAUAUCAUCCUAUAUUCUCUGGGCCUUUUCACAUAGUUUCAGUAUUUUCCUCUUGUCACGAGUGGUGGGGGGAAUUUGUAAAGCAAACGUCAGUCUUUGCACAGCCAUUGUGGCUGAUCUCCCAUGUCCUAAAGCAAGGAACAGAGGGAUGGCCAUGAUUGGUGUCGCCUUUUCCUUGGGUUUUACUCUGGGCCCAUUAAUGGGGGCCUACUUCGCCCUAAGGCCCAAAGAGUCAGAGAUGUUCUACCAGGGACCAGCUUUGUUGGCGGUGCUCUUCUGUGUAGCAGAUUUGCUCUUCAUUUUCAUUAUGCUACCAGAGACUCUGCUCCAGGACAACAAGGCCUCUGGAGAGUCCUCGGUUUUUCAUCAGUCGGGAGACCUUCUCAGCCCAGUUGCACUUUUUCAUUUUACUGCAGUUACAAGGACGGAAGAUCCACCAUCUGCUCAAAAAAUGCACAGGCUUAAAGUGCUUGGCCUGGUGUACUUUGCAUACCUUUUUCUCUUCUCUGGCCUGGAGUUCACUUUGAGUUUUCUAACUCACCAGCGAUUUCAGUUCUCCAGCAUGCAACAGGGGAAGAUGUUCUUCUUCAUUGGCAUCACCAUGGCAACAAUCCAGGGGGGAUAUGCCCGAAGGAUCAAACCAGGAAAGCAGCUAAGAACAGUUCAUUUGGCAAUCAUGUGUCUCAUCCCAGCCUUCAUUCUCGUCGGAAUAGCAUGGAACUUGACUGUGCUGUAUUUUGGCCUUUUUCUAUAUUCAUUCGCUGCUGCUAUUGUUGUACCAUGUCUGUCAACACAGGUGUCAGAACAUGGUUCAGCCAGUCAGAAAGGUACAGUAAUGGGGAUCCUUCGGAGUCUAGGAGCGCUGGCACGGGCCUUUGGUCCUAUUGUGGCCUCUUCAGUGUACUGGUUGGCUGGAGCAGAAAUGUGCUACAUAAUCAGCUCUGCUCUCUUUGUUGCCCCUUUAAUCUUGCUAAGCAGACUGGAAAAAUCCAAGGAGGACUAA